AUCCCUUGUUCAAUCGACUGUAUUAACAAUCAUUGUUGUGUUGUCUUUUUUUCUCUGGAUAGUGUCUUCGUGGAUUUUUUUUGUUAAUGGACUUCGAUCGUCUUAUCAGUUGCCUGAUAAUGUUGUCCAAGGUGUGAGAGUGACUAUUCUUUGAACAGUGAUUGAUAGAUUUAUGAUCCUCCUACGUGGAUAGCUGUGACGUUUAUGAAACGAUAAAAAUGGUUUCAGUGCAAGAAAUCGGUUUGCAACUUACGAAGCCAGUGAGAGAAUUGGCACAUUGGAAUUUUCCUUUUGCUCAGACUUUGGAACAGUAUUGCUCCUUGUUCAAUACAGCAUGUAAUAAAAGUUUCGGCGAUGCUGGACUUGUUCUACAAAAUUCUACAGCUGUCUAUGUUCAUAGACUUGAUUCUCUCUGGACUGAAGUUGAUUAUUGUAGAAAUGCAUUAUCAACUCAUGAGCAAGAAGAGGCGACAAAAAGUUCUACUAAAAAGAGAGAUAGAAAGACUGACAUAUGUUUUCACAACUUCAAAACUGUCAACUUUGCGGAAGAUGUAGACAAACAUAUCGAUAUUAAGAAGAAUCAUGUUAAACAUGAGUCUAUCCAAUCAAAAAGCCGUCGAUUUACUCAAUUGGAAAACAGUAUCGCACAUGUAUCUAUUGACAUUUAUGAUGUAAAUGGGGAGAUUAUCGGCAAAAAAUAUGAUUUCCGGUGCAAUCAAAAUUUAAGUCUGGAUGAUACAUUGGUUGAUGAGUUUGCGCCUCAAGAUUUUUAUUGUGGCGACAUUUCUGUUAACGAAAAAUCUUCGUCCACACUUUUGUUCGAUGCUUCGACAUUGGAUUCCUCUAUACACGAUAAUGGUGAUGAAAAUGUUAACACAUUCUCCGAGUUCGAGAGAGACAAUAAUUCGACAGAAGAAGAGAUCUCUGAUUUGACCAUGUCUUUGGGCUUGAGCCAACAAAAUCUCUCUUUAUCUAGAAAUACUGCGACUGACAACACGCUUGUCAAAACGCCAACGAAUAUUUCAAGCGAUAAUUGCCAUGACGUGACUCUCGUGAAUACUCUGAAUCAGAUAUUCUCAAAUACACGAUCCCAUACAAGUUCACCGAUACUAACUAAUAUUGAUAAUACUAUUUCAUCGAACAAUGAUUUGGAAGAUCAAUGCUUGAAUAAUAAUAUUAGGGAAAGUAUAGACGUUGGCAGUGUAUUAGAUAGCCCACCUGAAUCGGUGAAUUCGAAAGAGAGAAGAAUUUCGUCAACAGACGAUUUAGCAAUGUUAAAUGAUACAAAUGGGUCUCUAGCGCAAACAAAUUCAUGUAUCGAUUCUGUGCAAAAUACUUUUCUGAAAGAAAAUAAACAAAUUAAAAUGCGGCUACGUUUAAAGUCUACUCCGAAAUUGUUGAGACAAAAUCCACGCAUAUUGUCUAAAAAACCACGAAGUAUAAUAAAGAAAGAUCUACAUGCUUUGAAAGAUUCGCCUUCUUCACGAAGAGAUAGGUCAAGUAUGUUCAAUAAAAGCUCGCUUUCUUAUAUAAAGAAGUAUAUACGAGAGUAUUAUUCUUUGCGAUACGAAGAAGUGACGAACGCAGAGUCGAAUCUUUUAGGAUUUCGAAGAGAUAGAUCAAGUAUGUUCAAUAAAAGCUCGCUUUCUUGUAUAAAGAAGUAUAUACGAGAGUAUUAUUCUUUGCGAUACAAAGAAGUGACGAACGCAGAGUCGAAUUUUUUAGGAUUUCGAUUACUUGCCGAUACUGAAUCGGACACAUAUAUCAAUGCUGAUGUAACGACGAAUGACAACCGUAACAGAACACCUUCGAUCGAUACAGAGAUUUCAGAACGUCACAGUCCUAUGGACAUAUCACCGAAUUCACCACACAAAAAUUUCUGUGACGAUUGGUUUCAUUCAAGUUCGCAUUUUUCAUCAGAAACUGUCGACCAAUGGCACGAGAUAAUGGAGCCUAAAUUAUGCGAUUUUGACGCGAUCGAGAAUUUUUGUCGUUCGUCCGCAAAAUAUUGUCCACCGGGCCUCCCCGGCGCUCCCGGAAAUCCGGGUCCUCCUGGCGAACAGGGUCUGCCGGGUGUCCCGGGAAUGGAAGGUCUGAAAGGACCGCCAGGACAGCCCGGUCAUCCUGGUGCCAGAGGAUCUAAGGGUGACAUCGGUCCGCCGGGCUUUGACGGGAGAGAUGGGGUGCCGGGUGAGCCUGGUUUGGACGGCAUUCCCGGUAGAAGUGGUCUGGACGGUAUACCUGGGAGCAACGGUAAGCCAGGUGCAAAUGGAUUGCCUGGGUCGCCUGGAAGAAACGGAACAGACGGAAGAUCAGGGCAAAUGGGACUUCAAGGACCACCAGGACCUCGCGGAGAUAUAGGCCCACCUGGUCAUCCAGGAGCAUCCGGAAAGGAUGGCAAAUCAGGCAUACAGGCAUACAAAGUGAACAUGAACGAUUAUAACGAGAAUGACAUAUUAAUACCGCCAUCCAUCGUGGAGAUUACACCAUUGUUAAACUCAAGUAGCGUGAUUUCCGUGCAAGAAGGCAACAAAAUACGUCUGAGAUGUGCCGCGAGUGGGAAACCGCAGCCUGUUAUACAAUGGACGAAAAUAGACGGUUCCAUGAUACCCAUGGGCCCUUGGCAUGUGAGCUCAGUUACGGGCCAUACGUUUAACAUCAGCGUGGUGAAUCGGGAACACAUGGGUGACUAUAUGUGCAAUGCUGAUAACGGAAUACCUCCAGCACGAUCUAAGAGGUUCAAGCUUCAAGUCAAAUUUGCGCCGUUCAUUCGUAUACGCAACCAAGUGGUACUUGUGCGAAACCAAAAUCCUGCGACAUUGGAAUGCGAGGUGGAAGGCUUUCCCGAGCCGGUGGUAUACUGGGAACGCAGUGACGGUCGCCGUCUGAAAAUGUCGGAUAAGUACAGAACGGAGGUUUACGACAGGCGUGAUAAUUACAAGCUGAAGAUGAAGCUGAGAAUCGCGAGGGUGACCACGUCGGAUCAUGGGACUUACCACUGCGUGGCAAAAAACGAUUUUGACACUGUCAAGGGAUCCUUUAUAGUAGACGAUGAUAUAAAAGACGUCGAGAAAUACAAGUCAAGAAAGGAGGAGCACGUAACAUACGGUCAUCCUAUGCCCAUGAGCGUCGAUCAGGAGCAAGAAUUGUGCAUCCCUACACAAGAAACCUGUACGACGUGCCCAAAGUGCACGUACACAGAUAUAAUAGACCAUCUGCAUGUUCAACCGUUGAGCGAUAUUAAUAUUACGCGGCCGCCACCGCGGUCAACCGAGGGUUUUAUAGAGGCUAUAGGAAAACCUGUACUGAAAGGAAACAUGGACGACCACUACGGAAGUUGGAUGCACGACGCGUCCAACGAUAUCAUGCCCGACAGACUUUGGGUUACUCGCCACAACGAGACGUCCUACAUCUAUGAAUACAAAUCGAAGGAGGACUUUAAGAACAAUACAGCGCUAAACGAGAUAAAAUUACCCCAUCCUUUUCAGGGUAACGGACAUGUAGUUUACGACAAAUCGUUUUUCUACAAUCCCAUUAAUCGACCGUCAGUCCUCCGAUACGAUCUCUAUGCGUCCUCGGAUCAUCAGCGGUGCAAGCAGCUUUCUCCCGAAUGCGAGAUGCAUCUUCCGUGCUUAGAGGUCAACGGCCAGAACUACCUUUACACGCGCAAUUUUACCUACACGGAUUUCAACGUAGACGAAAACGGUUUGUGGGUCAUUUACCCAUUAUCCCCUAAUUGUAGUGGUAAAAAUACAGUGGUAGUGAAAAUGGAUCCCACUAAAAUGAUCAUUCAAUACGCGUGGAAUAUCAGUAUCGAUCACCGUCGCUUCGGAGAGAUGUUUAUCGCAGGAGGUGUACUUUACGCUAUACGCAGUGUCACCGAUGAUACUAUGGAGAUACGAUUUGCCUUCGAUCUCUACAAAAAUACGACGUUGGAUGUAAACUUAUCGUUUACGAAUCCGUAUCACAAGACCACGGCAGUUAGUUAUAAUCAUAAGACUAAGGAACUGUACACGUGGAACAAAGGCAACCGAUUAGCCUAUCCCUUAAAAUGGCAGGAGGUAACUGAGAGGGAACCAUCUUCACGAUACACGCACGUACCUCGAAGAAACGCACGUAGGAGCGUCGCUAAUCGUCACGAGAACGUUAAUUAAACAAGUUUGACGUGUAACGAGUUUUCUUCCUUCGAACCUUCUCGCGAGCGUAUUUAUCUUGUAAC